UUUGGAAGCUAACAACAUAAUUUUUCGCGCCUAUCAUUUUUUCAGUUUACUAAACAUGGUUAAUAAUGUAUGCUGUUGGUAAAUUUAUACCUGUGCGGUUUUUGGCACUUAUUGCUCAUUUUGUUAUCUUGGUCAUAUUGUUAUGGUCUUUGGAUUCAAGUUUAAAAACUUGCUUGCCUUUUGGAUACACACAAGAUGAAUAUGAUCAAGCAAACACUGAGUUGACUGUGGGGCUGUCAGUAGCAAUUGCAUUGUUUGGAUUUGAAAUGAUCAGUUUUCUUAUGGGAAUAUCAAUGUUUGUCGCCAGUGUUGCAAUGAUUUCUACCUUCACACACGUUUGUGCAGCUGUUACGCUAUCACUUUUCAUUUUGGAAUCUUGGGAAUGUCAACGUUAUUGGUAUAUAUUUGGGUUUUGUAGUGCUCUGCCAGCUUUGUUCGAAGUAUUCGUCCUUUUUUUGUUCCUUAUGGGAAAAAGAAAAUAGAGAUUAAAGAUUUGUGAUUGGAUAACGUGCUACAUGAUCUGAUUAGUGAUUGGUUCUCCUGCCUAUGGUUUGAGCGUUAAUUGGAACUAAAUUUUGUUAUAAAAUUAUAUUGAUAGAAAAUCGUAUUUACAGUCUUCUAUUUUAUGAGAGCAGCUAUGUAUGUGUUUUUAUGUACAUCAUCAAAUUAUGAAAGAAUUCUUCUUGUA